CUAGGGUCGGUUCGGUUUAGGUUAGGACUUAAGGAAAGGAAGGAUAGCGAACGUAGAUAGAUAGGAUUAGAAUCGAUCCCCUGGUUCAGAGAUACGAUCAGUGUGAAAUAUAAUUAAUUCAUGCACUUAUUACAGGAUAAGAAUUUGUAAUUUUAAUCUAAGUAAACAAUUCUUACAUAAUGACUGCUUUUGAAGAAAUGGGCGUUCUUCCUGAAAUAGGAAAGGCAGUGGAAGAAAUGGACUGGAUGUUGCCAACAGAUGUCCAGGCAGAGGCUAUCCCUCUCGUCCUAGGCGGAGGGGAUGUUCUGAUGGCAGCAGAGACGGGUAGUGGCAAGACUGGGGCCUUCUGCCUCCCCAUCAUACAGAUUGUGUGGGAAACUCUCAAAGAUUUAGAGGCUGGGAAGGGUAGCUCUACAGUAGCCUCUGUACCUGCUUCCUCACCCAACUGGCUGUUGAGUGUGUGGGACCGAGGUCCUGCGAUGGCUGUCACUCCAGACGGUCUACGUUGUCAGUCGCGCGAGCAGAAGGAGUGGCACGGCUGUCGUGCCAACAAGGGAGUGUUUGGCAGCGGCAAGUACUUCUACGAGGCUACUGUCACUGAUGAGGGGCUGUGUCGAGUCGGCUGGUCCACACAGCAGGCUAGCCUGGACCUCGGAACUGAUAAGUUUGGGUUUGGCUUUGGUGGAACGGGUAAGAAGUCUAAUGCCAAACAGUUUGACAACUAUGGAGAAGCAUUUGGUAUGCAUGAUGUGAUCGGUUGUCUCUUGGACUUGGAUAAUAUGCAGAUAAAGUUCUCAAAGAACGGCAAGGACUUGGGGCUCGCCUUCACUAUCCCUGCAGCUCUCAGAGAUUCUGUGUUCUUCCCUGCCGUAGUGCUCAAGAAUGCUGAGAUUUCCUUUAACUUUGGAGCCCAGCCGUUCAAACAUCCUCCACCGUCUGGGUUUGUUGCUGUUUGUCAAGCUUCCAAGAGUAACGUCAAGAACUCAGAAGUGACUGGAGCUGCAGCUGUGGUCACCAAGAAGGUCAACAACGCUCCUCAGGCCAUCAUCAUCGAGCCAUCGCGGGAGUUAGCAGAACAAACAUUCAACCAGAUAACCAAGUUCAAGAAGUACCUGGAGAACCCCAAGAUAAGAGAACUGCUGGUGGUUGGAGGUGUUUCAAUCAAAGAUCAGAUAUCCAGUCUCAGUGCGGGGGUAGACAUAGUGGUGGGUACUCCAGGCAGGAUGGAAGACCUCAUCUCUGGUGGCCAGCUGUCUCUCACACAGUGUCGGUUCUUUGUGCUUGACGAAGCUGAUGGCCUACUCAAGCAAGGCUACACAGAGCUCAUUGACCGUUUACAUCGACAGAUUCCCAAGAUUACCUCAGAUGGCAAACGCCUGCAGAUGAUUGUGUGCUCAGCUACUCUUCAUGCGUUUGAAGUGAAGAAAAUGGCUGAAAGACUCAUGCACUUCCCCACGUGGGUGGAUCUGAAGGGGGAGGACGCAGUGCCAGAGACGGUUCACCACGUGGUGGUCAUGGUGGAUCCUCAGAAGGACAACUCCUGGCACAACUUACGCCGCCACAUCACCACGGAUGGAGUACACCACAGUGACAACUGUAGACCCGGCAACAACACUGCAGAAACACUGUCUGAAGCUGUUAAGCUUCUGAAAGGUGAAUACUGUGUGAAAGCUAUCGAUCGUCACAAGAUGGACCGAGCCAUUAUCUUCUGCCGCACAAAACUGGACUGUGACAAUUUGGAAAAGUAUUUCAAACAGAUAGGUGGAGCCAACAACCCGUACUCCUGUGUUUGUCUCCAUGGGGACCGCAAGCCUCCAGAACGCAAAGCUAACUUGGAGAAGUUCAAGAAACAAGAGGUUAAGUUCCUGAUCUGUACGGAUGUCGCUGCUAGAGGCUUGGACAUCUCUGGUUUGCCCUUCAUGAUCAACGUGACACUGCCUGAUGAGAAGAGCAACUACGUCCAUCGUAUCGGACGUGUGGGUCGAGCUGAGAGGAUGGGUCUAGCCAUCUCCCUGGUGUCUGCUGUGCCAGAGAAGGUGUGGUUCCACGGAGAGUGGUGUUCAUCCCGAGGAAGAAACUGCUGGAACACCAGACUGACUGACCAAGGCGGCUGCUGUAUCUGGUACAACGAGAUGCAGUAUCUCGCUGAUAUUGAGGACCAUCUAAAUGUGACAAUUCAGCAAGUUGGGGCUGACAUAAACAUACCGAUGAAUGAAUUUGAUGGAAAAGUCACUUACGGAGAGAAAAAGAAGAAUGCAGGAACUGGUUAUGAGAGUCAUGUCAGUCAGAUGGCCCCUACAGUCUUGGAGUUGGCUCAGCUAGAGCGAGAGGCUCAGAUCAUGUACUUGAACAGACACUUCAACAAAGCUCGAUCUGCUUAAGCUACAAUGUAUACUACUAUUGUUUGUUCUUUUAUUUAUCACAGUUUGUAUUAAAAUAAAUUUGUAUUGCAUUA